CAAGAAAGAAAAGUGGCAUCGCUCGGUAGGGUUGUCAUAACUCAUAAGCCUCUCCCCUGCUGCCUCCACCGCUAAACCUCUUUGCUCCGAUCGACGUUCGCAGCUCCGCUCGAAGGAAGUUUUUGGGGGAAGAAAUGGAGACAACGACGGAAGUACAGAAGGGCAUAAAAAGGCGACACAUUGGGAGCAAGAAGAGAAGCGGGAAAGCGAAGAAGAAGCAGAGGACGGCGCCGUUUAACGAGAAAAAGCCUAAAAUAGAUAAGAAAAUGAGGAAGCUGUUUGAGAAGAGGGCAAGGGAUUAUAAUUCAGAUGAGGAUGAAGAAGAAGAUGAUAAGGACAAUGCGGUGGUGGGAGGAACGUCGGUACAGGAUGAAUUUGAAGAGGAUUCUUUUAAUGAGGAAGGAGAUGGUGGAGAAGAGAAUGAAGUGUCUGGAGAUGAAGGCGGAGAAAUUCAGCCCGGAAUUACUAGGUUCACGGAGGGAUGUAAGGCAUUCAGAAUUGCAUUCAGGAAACUCCUUAAGGAAACUGAUUCUGCUUCUGAUGAUGUGCUGGGUCCUGUGUUAUCAGCCCAAAAGAAGCUUGUAGCAGAGAAACUUGCCGAAGAAGAAGCAGAACGGAAAGUGAAGGGUGAGGCAAAGAAGGAGAAACACUUGAUUGGAGAAAAGGGCCAUGUGAAACCAGCUAAUUAUUUGGACUCUCAUGAAAAGUUGCUAAUAGGAAUUGCUACAAAAGGAGUGGUCAAGUUGUUCAAUGCUGUUAACAAGGCGCAACAAGCUCAAAGAGGCUUAAAUCCCUCAAGGGCAAAAGAUGAAAAAACAAUAAAGAAGCGAAAGAAAGAGGCUUUCUUCUCUGAGUUGGGCAAGACUUCAUCCCAGUCAACUAGUAUUGUUCAAAAGGUUGGAACUUCUGGUGGGUCAAGAGAUAAAGACGGCCCUGCGUGGGCUCCAUUACGUGACAAUUACAUGUUAACCAAUCCAAAGUUGAAAGACUGGGAUAAAAAGCCGGAUACGGCUAUGGGAGACGAAUCUGGGAUGCCAGCAGAUACAGAUUCUUCAUCGGAUGACGAUUAGAUUUUUGCAAUGUUAGAUAGUUUUCAAGCUAAUGACCACGUGAUUGUCAAAGCGUAUUCGUUGCAGUUAAAGAAUCCAAGCUUCUUCUUGAAAUUAUGGUUAUGGGAUGGUGGCAUGUUGUAUCCAAGUUGAAGCAGCUCCAGAAUGGGAGUGACAAAAGUUCUACCCUCUCCAGUUGUUCUCAGAGAAAAUACUGCUCCUACCCUGUUGUAUUAACCAGUAUUAAUCCACUCAGCUUUGGAUGCUUACUAUUCUAUUUAUUUAUAUAAUCAAAAUACAGGUUUUUCACA